AUGAUUGAUGCUGCAAGUAGGGGAGCCUUGAACAAUAAAACGCCUGAGGAAGCAUACAAUCUAAUUGAGGUGAUGGCGAACAACAACUAUAUGAGGACUUCGGAAAGAAAUUCAACAAGGAGAUCAGCGGGAGUGCACGAAGUCGACAGAAAUCAUGUGUCGAACGAUUGCCAAGAGGGAAACCAGUUUGCUCAGCCUGAACAAGCCAACUACGUCAACAAUUUCCAAAGAGGGCAAGGGAAUCCGUAUUCCAAUACUUAUAAUCCAGCAUGGAGGAAACACCCAAAUUUUUCAUGGAGCAACAACAAUGAGCAAAAACAAGCUCCUGUUUUUCAACCUCAAGAGCAAAAAUCAAACUUGGAAAAUGCAUUAACCAAGUUCAUUAAGAAGACAAGCAAGAGGAACUUUGAGACGCAGAUUGGGCAGAUUCACAAUAUAUUAGCGGGAAGAGGUCAAGGGGUUUUACCGAGUGAUACAGAGAAAAAUCUCAAGGAACAGGCACAUGCAAUCACCCUAAGGAGUGGAAGAAGUUUGGAAAAUUCGGAGGGUGAAAAACAGAGGAUAAAACAAAACCUGAAGGAUAAGCAGAAAGACGAUUGCCGCGGCGAUGAAGAUGGUGGCCACGGUGAGCGUGAGAAGGAAGAAAAUUCCAUCAGAAGGAAGGACGGUCACCACGGCGAGCAUGAUUUUGUUCCAAAUUCAUCAGGCUUAUUAGACGAUCAUCGCGGCGAUGAACCCUCUCGCCGCGGCGAGCGAACAUUUGAGCAGAAACCCUCGUCGAGCCAGUUUACAUAUUAUAUUCCUUUUGUUGAUAUGCUUGAACAGAUGCCGAAGUAUGCGAAGCUUCUGAAGGAGAUCCUCACCCACAAGAGAAAAUUCGAGGAACACGAGAAGGUUAUGCUCAUGGAGGAAUGCAGCGCUUACAAGCCUAUUAUCCAACCACAGAGAAGAUUGAAUCCAUCAAUCCAAGAAGUGGUCAAGAAGGAGGUGUUGAAGCUUUUAGAUGCAGGAAUAAUAUAUCCAAUUUCGGAUAGUGCAUGGGUGAGCCCAGUCCAAGUGGUGCCAAAGAAGAAAGGAAUGACAGUGGUCCGGAAUGACAACAACAAGCUGAUUCCAACACGAACAGUCACGGGAUGGAAAGUACGUAUUGACUACCGUAAACUGAAUUCCGCGACUCGUAAGGAUCAUUUUCCAUUGCCAUUCAUCGAUCAAAUGUUGGAGAGGUUAACGGGCCAUGAGUUCUAUUGUUUCCUUGAUGGAUAUUUAGGCUACAACCAAAUUGCCAUAGCGCCAGAAGAUCAAGAGAAUACUACUUUCACAUGCCCAUACGGAAUAUUCGCCUAUCGAAGAAUGCCUUUUGGCUUGUGCAAUGCUCCUGCAACGUUUCAACGUUGCAUGAUCUCAAUUUUUUCUGAUAUGGUUGAGAAGUCCAUUGAAGUUUUCAUAGACUAUUUUUCUGUUUUUGGAAAUUCUUUUGAUGAGUGUUUAACUAACUUGUCUAAUGUUUUGCAGAGAUGUGUUGACACUAACUUGGUGCUCAAUUGGGAAAAAUGCCACUUUAUGGUACGAGAUGGAAUCGUGUUAGGUCAUUGGAUAUCAGCAAACGGCAUUGAGGUGGAUCGAGCGAAGAUUGAAGUCAUUGAGAAACUACCACCUCCAAAUUCAGUGAAGGCUGUCAGAAGCUUCCUUGGGCAUGUGGGCUUUUAUAGGAGAUUCAUACAGGAUUUUUCUAAAAUCUCUAAACCUCUUUGUGAUUUAUUAGCUAAGGAUGUUCCUUUUAAUUUCAGUCAAGAGUGUUUAGAUGCAUUUAAUUGUUUAAAAGAAAAAUUAAUUUAUGCUCCUAUUAUUGUUGCGCCCGAUUGGGAAUUACCUUUUGAACUCAUGUGUGAUGUGAGUGAUUAUGCUUUAGGGGCUGUUUUAGGACAGCGAAAAGGUAAGGUCUUGCAUGUGAUUUAUUAUGCCAGUAAGACUUUAACGGGACCUCAGCUAAAUUAUGCCACUACUGAGAAAGAAUUUUUAGCAGUAGUGUUUUCUAUUGAUAUGUUUCGUUCUUAUUUGCUAGGUACCAAGGUCAUCGUGUACACGGACCAUGCUGCACUGAAAUACCUCCUAGCAAAACGGGACUCCAAGCCAAGAUUAUUGCGAUGGGUAUUGCUCCUACAGGAAUUCGACUUGGAGAUCAAAGACAAGAAAGGAACAGAAAAUCAAGUGGCUGACUAUUUAUCCCGAUUGGAAUCAAUGGAAGUUCGAGAGGAAGAAAAGCCAAUCAACGAAUACUUCCCAGAUUAGCAAUUUUUUGAAAUUCAGGAAGGACCAUGGUUUGCGGACAUUGCUAACUACUUGGCACGAAAGGUUAUGCCCCCUGGAAUGAACUCCCAGAGAUGAAAGAAAUUUUUUGCAGAUUUAAAGUACUACUUCUGGGAGGAUCCAUUUUUGUUCAAGCAUUACGCCGAUCAGAUGAUAAGACGAUGUGUGCUAGAGGAAGAAACCAGUGGCCAAGUCCAAGUUUCAAAUAGGGAGCUGAAAUGAAUCUUGGAAAAGACAGUGAACACCUCUCGAAAGGAUUGGGCAAUUAAGCUUGAUGAUGCACUAUGGGCGUACAGGACGGCAUUCAAAACACCAAUAGGAAUGUCAUCCUAUAGGAUGAUUUAUGGAAAAGCUUGUCACUUGCCAGUGGAGUUAGAGCACAGGUCGUAUUGGGCAGUAAAGUUUCUGAAUUUUGAUUUACAAGCCGCUGGAGCAAAACGUUUACUGCAACUCAAUGAGAUGGAAGAUGCAUACGAGAAUGCCCGGAUUUACAAAGACAAGACUAAGCAGUGGCAUGACAAACACAUUGUGAACAAGGAAUUCAAGGAGGGUGACAAAGUGUUGUUGUUCAACUCGAGACUGCGACUUUUUCCAGGAAAAUUGUGCUCAAGAUGGUCUAGCCCGUUCAUCAUUCAUCGCGUGUUUCCGCAUGGGGCGAUAGAGCUUCACCACCCGACGAAAGGAACAUUCAAAGUCAAUGGGCAAAAAUUGAAACCUUAUAUUGAGAAUGGGAAUGCCGACGAGAGGCCCAGAAUUGAUAGGAGAGAAAAGGGUAAACGGCAGGCCUCUAGUGAUACCCGGUUUGUUAGCCAGGCUGCUCAGGAAAGGUAUGAAAAUUUUGCAAAGCAACCGGGGCGAUUUAUUGAAGAACGAGGGCUCGUGUUUACAGAAGGUUUUGAGGGAAUAACUGAUGUGAUUCAAGCUCUAGGUUGGGAGAAAUUUUGCAAAGAGCCCCCGGUGCCUGCUGUUGCCUCUGUGGUAAAGGAGUUUUAUGCCAACGCUCCUGAUAGCGUUGACGAGAGAACUAUAGUAAGAGGUAAAGAGAUCGUGUUUAAUGCAGCUGCGAUCAAUGAAUUUUAUGGGCUACCGCAAGUUGAGUUCGAUGAUGAUGCCUAUGCUGCAUUCAAGCAACAAGUGGAUUUUGACACAGUAAUAAACUCUUUGACUGAAGGGAGAGCUACAUGGUUUAUUGCGGCUGGGGAACACAUCCAUUUUGAAAGUAAGUUCUUGGACUCAAUUUCGUGCAUGUGGUUAUAUUUUGUAUGCUCUCGAUUGAUGCCAUCCAAGCACAUGAGUACUGUUAGUAAAGCUAGGGCGAUCUUAAUGUAUGUUAUCCGCCAGAAGAUAAGGAUGAAUGUGGGUGAAAUUAUCUUUCAAGAGAUUACCCAUUCGGCAAAGCGUACCGAGACGGGCUUUCAUUUUCCCCACCUGAUUACUGCAUUGUGUACACAAGCGGAAGUGCCAUUGAAUGCUGAAGAAGUUUUUAUUCCGCAAGGACUGAAUGACGACAUCGAAAAGUUGAAACAGCAACAGAAUUGUCAAGAGGCCUGGAUGACAUGGAUGAGUAGGCAAAUGAGGGUGCAACAUGAGAUGCAAAUAUUGCAACUUGCGCAUGCUGGGAUAGCAGCACCGAGGUGUGAAUGGACUGAUUUUGUGUACCCGGCGGAUGAGGAGCACGCUGAUGUUCCUGAUGAGGAUUUUGAGGAGAGUAUGGAAGAGUAG